AUGCUGGGAACCGUGACGUCGUCUUCUCUAGACGAAUUCUGCAGCGAGAAAGGAUCACGACCGGGCUCCUUUCCUCCAUUGUCAACGAUCGAAUACUUCAUGCAACUCUAUUUUGCUCACGUCCAGCCUCGCUUCCCCGUAUUGCACAUACCUACCUUUGAGCCUAACGGCUCUCCUGCCACCCUCUUGCUGGCUAUCGCAAUUGUCGGGUCCAGCUAUUCUGAGUCAAAUCAGGGGCGGUUUGCACUGUCUUAUCUCGAAAGAACUAGAAUGGCAAUUAGGUUGAUGCAAGAGAGAGACCAAAAACAUCUACGAUCCGUCGAGCACCUUCUAGCAUUUUUCCUAGUUUCACUGGCUGCCAUGUGGAUAGGCCAAAAGAUGGCUUAUGAACGUGCCGAAGGCGACCGUGGCGAACUUGUCGUUUCUUGUCGACGCUACCAGCUUCUCGAUUGCAGAGUAAAACAACAGAACACUUCACAGCCCCCUUCGCGACGCGGUCGGAAACGGAUAGAGGAAGCCUGGGUGGAAUGGAUCGAUACUGAGCAAAGAAAGCGCUUAGGGCUAUGCAUAUAUUUAUUUGAUUGCCAGGUUGCGGCUUUCUUCCAACGUCAGCCUUACAUCAGUAAAGCUGAGACAGUCAACGCCGCACUGCCUUGCUCAGAAACUUUCUGGAAUGCGAGUACGGCCUGGGGGUGGAAAGCCUUGUUGGGGCCAGCUGAAAUUCCCCCAAGUACAUAUUUCUUGACCACACUUACAACAAUACUGCUCUACAACGAGAUCUCAGAGGUUCUUCCAUUUCCACCGCUGGACGAGUUCUGUAAGACUCUCUACGCAUAUGUCCUUCACUCCCAUGUUUUCGAAUGGCGGCAAACUAUUUGCAUGCUCAAUCCAACUGGAUUACUCAGUUCACCACUAUCCCUAGCACCACAAAAUAUUGGUAAUUCUCUACAAGAGCGCCAACGAUGGCUCCAAGCAUGUCUCAAGAAUUGGGACACCAACUACGGGGAGGCUAGCCAGGGUGAUCUCCACAACAACAAUCGCAAAAGCUCUUCGGGUAUUUUACUGUACCAUCUAGCAAUGCUAGCGCUACAUAUCAACUUUUCGGAUUUGCAUAUUGUUGCAGGUCGAUCUGGCUCAGAAGACGAUAUUGGACUGGCUGAGCAGUCUUUACGAAAUUGGCUCCAGAACGAGAGAGCUCAGCUGAUACUUGACCGUACAAUGCGUAUUCUGGACGCAGCAUAUGAUGCAAUCGCUGCUGGGGAUGCACAGCGGAGUGGUUUUGAAUUGGCCAUAUGCCUUUUCAUGAGCGGACUCACUUGCUGGGCCAUGUCGCGGUUCGCAAGUCGCAGUUUUAUCUUGGCUCUCCAACAACGCGAGGCUCCUGUGACAUCAAGGGUACCAAGGCAAGAUUGUGGUAUUGAUCAGGGCUAUACCCAGUCUAGCAAUACAGACUGCCCACAAGCAGUAUCUUCGUUGUUGGUGCAAGUUGCCGAUGCCCGUGACGGCUUACGCUCGUUGAAAUGUCAUCGACUUGCGGUUGCUUUUGGAGAUAUCCUAGAUCGCUUUCUCACUGAGAAAGUCCAAUGA